AUGGCUGCAAGAAGAAUGCAAGGAACCGACAGCAAAGCGAUUACUGCAAUAGCCAUUGAUAAAGAUAAGAACAGCCAACACGCUUUAAAGUGGGCCGUUGACAAUAUUGUCGGCCGUUCUCCAAACUGUAUCCUUCUCCAUGUUAAAACCAAAUUGCGAAUCGGCGCAGGAACGGACACAGAAGCAACACAUGACAACCAAGAAGAGGCGCAUGAGUUCUUUCUUCCCUUCAGAGGAUUAUGUGCUCGAAAAGGGAUUAUAGCAAAGGAGGUGCUUCUUCACGAUAUUGACAUUGCAAGUGCAAUUGUUGACUACAUCACCAACAACUCCAUUGCAAAUAUAGUAAUUGGAGCCUCUACGCGAAACUACUUCCUCAAGUACCCUAUCUUUUCUCUCACGAAGUUUAAGAGCGUAGAUGUGCCAGCGUCUUUGCUUAAAACAACUCCAGAUACAUGUGCUGUCUUUAUUGUGUCUAAAGAGAAGCUCGUAACAAGCAGAUCAGCGAGUAGAGCUCAGACACCUCAACACACUCCCCAGCCUUCAAAACAACAAACUGUGCUCUCUAUGUUAUUCGAUCUUGGCCCAACAAGCUCCAGUUACAGUGAAUCCGGAAGAUCAUCUCCUGCACUAAACGGAGAUUUUUCUCCACCUACAUAUCAAUACAAGUCGUGUGUUAAUAUGAGUUCUGCCUCAGAGUUCAGCAAUAGACUCUCUCAUAGCGGUCAUAGUAGUGUAUCAAAUGCGAGUUUCUACAGCGUCCUAGGAAGAUCAACCAAUGGAGAAAGCUCCCACUCUUCCACAUCCAUGUGUGAGAGCAAUAUAACCGAUGGAGAGGAGAGCAAUAUUACUGAACAACAGUUUAAGAUACUGAUAUGUUUGCGUGCCAUGUGGAUGAAUAUGCUCAGAAUCAAAAUCUUGAAGCAGAAGUGA